AGAUUCCAAAGAAGAAUCUUGUCAAGGAGGCAGUUAAAAAAGCCAGCAUCUGAAACUGGUCACUUCUCUUGGGCUCUGGAUUCCUGGCUCGGGACUUCACCCUAAAAAGAUUGCACUUUUCUGCUAACUGAAAUAUCGUAGUGAGGGUUCUUCUAUGAAGAACUGGACAUAGAGAAUCAUGGUGCCAUUUAAGAUGCCCAUUUUGGUCCUUACCCUGUACCUGCUUCAGGGUACAGGUGCAUCCCUCAUUAAGCUGAAUGGCAAUGGCUAUGAAGACGUGGUCAUUGCAAUUGACCCAAAUGUACCAGAGGAUGAAAAACUUAUUCAGCAAAUAGAGGACAUGAUCUCAGAGGCAUCAACUUACUUAUAUAGAGCGACAGAAAAAAGAUUUUACUUCGAAAGCGUUUCCAUCUUGAUUCCCAAGACAUGGCAGCCAAAAUCAGAUUAUGAGAAACCAAAACAUGAGACCUACAAAAAUGCAGAUAUCAUCAUUGAAGUUCCUAAUUCCCCAGGCAAUGAUAUUCCACGAAUUGACCAGUUUGGAAAAUGUGGAGAGAGGGGAGAGAGAAUUUAUUUAACUCCUCGGAUCAUCCGGGGAGAAAUGUUGAAUGUAUUUGGACCAAAAGGUAAAGUUUUAGUUCAUGAAUGGGCCCAUUUUCGAUGGGGUGUAUUUGAGGAAUACAAUGAAGACAAUCCUUUCUACCAGUUUGAUGGAAAAAAUGUACCAGUAAAGUGUUCUGAGGGUAUCACUGGUACAAAUAAGGUAUAUACAUGUUCUGGAGGAAGCUGUUCCAUCAGAGAUUGUUGGACAGAUCCCAAAACAGGAAAGUUAAACAAAGACUGUAUGUUCAUACCCGAUAAAGUUCAGAGUGAGAAAGCCUCCAUCAUGUUCAUGCAAAGCAUCGAUUCUGUGGUUGAAUUUUGUACAGAAAAGAACCAUAAUAGAUUUGCUCCCAAUCUUCAAAACAAGAUGUGCUACCUCAAGAGUACAUGGGAAGUGAUUCAGGAUUCAGAAGACUAUAAAAAAUCAACUCCGAUGAUGGCAGCAGAACCACCCAAGUCCAGAUUCUCACUGAAGCAGAUAGGAGAAAGAAUCCUGGUUUUAGUUAUAGAUACGUCUAGAAGCAUGAAGGUUGGAAACCGGCUGAAUCGACUAAGGCAAGCCUCACAAUUCUUCCUGCUUCAGAUCAUUGAAAAAGGAUCAUGGACUGGAAUAGUCACAUUUGACAGUUCAGCCACUAUACAAAGUGAACUGAUGCAAAUAGAGUCUGACGUUCAGCGGAAGACACUCAUUUCAAGGUUACCUAAUGUUACUGUUGCUGGAGGAGGAGCACACAUCUGCUCUGGACUCAGAACAGCAUUUAUGGUAGUUAAAAAGAAAUUCUUAACUGAUGGUUCAGAAAUGGUCCUUUUGACUGAUGGAGAAGACAAUACAACCAACACAUGUUUUGAGGAAGUGAAACAAAGUGGAGCCAUUAUCCACACAAUUGUUUUGGGACCUUCUACAGAGAAAGGCCUGGAGAAAUUGUCAGAAAUGACAGGAGGUAUGAAGACAACCGCUACAGACAAUGUCCAGAACAAUGGACUCAUUGAUGCAUUCAGUGCCCUCUCGUCAGGAAAUGCAGCCAUCACUCAAAGGUCCAUCAAGCUUGAAAGUAAGGGAAUCACUCUGACAAAUGAAGGCUGGAUGAAUGGCACAGUUAUUUUUGACAGCACAGUAGGAAAAGACACUCUAUUUCUUGUCACGUGGACAGCACAACAACCUGAAAUGUUUGUCACGGAUCCCAGUGGCAACAUAUAUAAAAAUUUUGCAGUGGAAACAAGCUCCCAAAUGGCAUACCUCCAAAUACCAAACACUGCCCAGGUUGGAAUUUGGACUUAUAGCCUGAAAUCAAGUGCACAAACCCUGACUCUGACAAUAACCUCUCGUGCUGCAAAUCCUACUGUACCCCCCUUCACGGUGGACUCUAGAAUGCAUAAAGACACCAGCAGCUUCCCUAGCCCAAUGAUUGUUUAUGCAGAAGUUCGUCAAGGAUCCUUGCCUAUUUUAGGAGCCAAUGUAACAGCUCUCAUUGAAUCGGCAGAUGGAACAACAGUGACACUGCAACUCCUGGACAAUGGUGCAGGUGCUGAUUCUUUCAAGAAUGAUGGGGUCUACUCAAGAUAUUUCCUAAGCUAUAAAACAGAUGGUCAAUACAGCUUAAAAGUGAGAGCCCUGGGAAGAACAAACACCCAAAGGUCAAGAUCCCAAGUGAAUAGAGCCAUGUACAUACCAGGCUCAAUAGACCAAGCAGGUCAAAUCCAAGUUAAUAAACCAAAACCUACACUUAGUCCAGCUAUAUCUCAAACUGGUUUUAAUGUAGUAGGCUCAGGAGAUUCAUUUUUGGUAUCAAAUACUCCCAGUUCUCAGCCUUCUCAGACUGAUAUAUUCCCGCCAUGUCGAAUCAAGGAUCUAAAGGCUAAUGUUGAAGAAGAUCACAUUCGUCUGACCUGGACAGCCCCCGGGGAUGACCUUGAUACAGGACGAGCUGAUCGGUAUAUUAUAAGAAUGAGCAAAGAUUUACCUACCCUAAACUCAUACUUUGAUUCUGCUCUUCAAGUGAAUACUGAUAACCUCAUUCCAAAGUAUGCCAACUCCGAGGAAGUCUUCGUGUUCAAACCAAAAGGCCUCAGAAUAGAAAAUGGCACCGUCAUCUAUCUGGCUAUUAAGGCUGUUGAUAAAGCCAACUUGAUGUCUCCCAUCUCCAACAUUGCUCAAGUACAUAUGCUCACUACUUCUCUAGAAGAUCAAAAUGAUUCCAGUCCUGGUACUAGCAUUUCAAUAAUAGUGCUAUCUGUGGUUGGCAGCCUUGUAGCUAUUGCUAUCAUUGCAUGUGUCAUAGUGUAUCUUUUGAACAAAACAAGAACACAAGACUAAAGAUGGAAUAAUUAUAAUAUCAGUACAAAAUAAAAGGAUUCUCUGAA